GUCCGAUCUAUCUGGUAAUGCAUUAUUUGUUUUCACACAAUAUGCUUGACCCGCCUUUAUCUUCCAACAGCACUUUUUCAAUUCUUUAUUUGACCCAAGCUCAACACGGAAAAUAUUUGCAGCAAAAUCAUGCAUGCAUCGAGAUUCAAAAUUAUGACAUGCUGUAUUUUUUAGAAUCAUAUUUACAUGAGGAUACUGUGACUAUCAAUGUUUGCACAUGAAGAAAGUAAUCGCAUUCCGAGAUGAAAACUCAAUCUUCAUGUGUAUUGCUUACGCGGUAUGAAUGAAAUGCUGCUCAUUCAUAGGAGGGAGAAAAAAAAGUUGCGGCUUUUAUCGAAUGCAUUGACACCUUAUCUACAAAACCGAACUGUAAUCUUUAAAAAAGAGGGGUAGAUAUCCAGGUGUGGUAAAGCAGAAAUUUUCCAUGGCUCUCUUAGUUAAUUUACGACAACUGCUAAAUUUUUUAGCAGUUAUUUUUUUAAUUUUCUCUGACUUAGCAGUAUCAAAAGCUGUAAUUGAAGCUCCUAAUAGACUGGACCCAGCAUGUGCUUGUGAACCACAACCAAAAAAAUUAAAUGAAUCUGUAUCAGGCAGAGUAGCAUCCUCUUGUCCACAAUGUUUUGUGUUUACAUACGACUUCAAUUUCACUCAGGAUUGGGCAGCAAGACUAUGUGUAAUGAGUGUGCAAGCUUCUGUGCAUGCGCCCAUGUUUGUUGUAGUCAGGGAGAGCUUGAAUGUGAUGUCUUUCCAAUUGCCAAUUCUUUUCCCUGGUGUCAGCCCUUACUACGACACUUGUCGGACACUGUGUCCAUUAGCUAACUACAAUGAAACAACUAUAAGUCCUGGUCCACAGAAUAUUUCCAUCGAAAUAUCGACGAGUAGUAACAUUUUCCUCGAUUUUGAUUUCCUUCUUUCUCAAGAGACUGGAUUUAUCCUUACGAAGGAUUCUGAAGUGAACGUGACUAUAACUCCAUCCAAACCUUGGGUAAUGCAGUACAGCAUGGAAGAAAGUCUUCGAGCAGUUAGAAUUGAAGCAACUUCGGAUGAUCCUGGUUGCAUGGUCUUAGCAAUACAAGACAUAGUUUGCCCUAUUCAUGAUUCAUUAGAAUUGGUGGAACCUCAAGGGUAUUAUCAAACUCUACUACAUCGUUCUGGUAUAUCAAUUUCGAAAAAAACAUUUAACAAAGGACAACAAUACGUGAUUUUAAUGUUAAAACCUACGGACACUUCUUGUCUCGAAGAGAGUAAUUCUGGUUAUGGAAAUCGGGAAAAGCAGGUUACACUUCAAGUUGUUCCUGCAAUUACAGAUGCCGAGUACUAUGAAGCUGUAUUUGGAGCAUUUGGCUUUUAUGUUCUCAUAUAUAUAUUUUCUUUCAUCAUUUGUAUCUUCCUUUUCGUUAGGAGAAGACGAAAUACAGGUGAAAGUCAGAAUGUUAGCAGCUCUGGCGGGAUUUCAACUAUCACUGAUGUUGAAAAUCCUUCCGUACACAAUUAUGGAACCUCAUCAGAAUCGGAGUCAGCAUCGGAACAAAGCCCAACAAGGUCGUUGAGAGAUUUCACAAACCCGCCACCCCUUAAUCCGUCACCAGUGAGUUUUGAUGAGACAGAUAUAGACAAAUUACCUGAUGCUGAGGUAGAUAAAAAUAUUGUGAGAACAAAGACUGUUUUGUUUGUAUCCGAUUUGGCAAGGAAGAAAGAGAAGUAUUUGAGUGAUAGGACGAAAGUUUAUUCAUGGAAUUUGCUGACUAUUGCUAUUUUUUAUGGUUUGCCCGUGGUUCAACUUGUCUAUAUAAACCAAAGAAUUGUAAACAUGACAGGAAAUCAAGAUUUGUGCUACUAUAAUUUCUUGUGUUCACAUCAAGUGGGAGUUUUUAGCGAUUUCAACCAUGUUUACAGCAACAUUGGAUAUGUAAUGCUUGGAAUUCUCUUUCUCUUAUUAGUUGGAAGAAGGGAUGCAAUGGACUCGUAUUAUGAAGCGGAAAGAAGGAAACUACCACCAACAGAGAUGACCGGAAUUCCACGCCACUACGGUCUUAUGUAUGCAAUGGGUUGGGCUCUUAUUAUGGAAGGAGUAUUAAGUGCUAGCUAUCACGUUUGUCCUAACAGAGCAAACUUUCAAUUUGAUACCGCCUUUAUGUAUGUCAUAGCAACAGUUUGUAUGCUAAAAUUGUACCAGUCAAGACAUCCAGAUAUAGCUGUAAAAUCGCAUGUUACAUGGAUGGUUCUUUCUGUUGUCAUCAUUAUAGGAUUUGGAGGAGUGGUAAAAGGAGGACUUCUUGUAUGGAUACCUUUUUUUCUUGCUCAUAGCGCAGUGACUUUUGUUGUAAGUGCCAAAAUUUACUACAUGGGACGUUGCAAAAUUGAUCGCUGGAUUUGGAAACGUAUGUACCAUAGCAUCAAAAUCGAUAUUGCAGCUCGUUCUUUCCAGCCCGUAUAUAGGGGACGUUUUAUAAUGCUGAGUAUUGCUGUACUGCUCAAUUUUUCUCUUGAUUUAUUUGGAUUAAUAAGCCAACCUCCAAAUUUUGGUGCAUUCCUGCUAUCAGUAUUUAUAGCCAAUCUCAUGAUGUAUCUUAUAUAUUACUCCAUGAUGAAGAUAAGGUACAAAGAAGGCAUCAGAUGGAUACCGGCAAUGUAUAUGGUUUUAUCCUUUAUUUGUUGGGGAGCAGCAUUAGUUUUCUUUUUAGCAAAGAAUACUUCUUGGCAGGUAACACCGGCUGAAUCUCGAGAAAGGAAUAAACAUUGCAUCAUUUUGAAUUUUUUUGAUCAUCACGAUGUGUGGCAUUUCUUAUCAAGCUGUGCAUUAUUUUUUUCAUUCAUGGUCCUUUUCACACUGGACGACGAUUUAGAAAAUACACCAAGAUCAAAAAUCAUCGUGUUUUAGCUGGUUUUGAUUUGCAUUCGAUCAUUAUGUAAAUAUUAUAUUUAAUUGAACAUUUUUGAAACGAGUCAAAGAGCUUAUACAGAUAAUUUAUGAAUCAAUAUUUAAUAAGUUUGAAUUUCUUCAGACAACAUGUGUAGGCUUGAAACAUAUAAGUAUUACGUUCUACAAUGCUGUACAUUUGCGCGAAAAACAAUGACA